AUGGACGAAUUAUUCGAUGUCGCAGUGAUCGGGGCCGGCAUGGCCGGGAUCAUUGCCGCACGUGACCUUAGCACGAAAGGCCACAAGGUGGUGUUGUUAGAGGCACGCGAUCGACUGGGAGGACGAACUCAUAUGGACGACGCUUGCGGCACCGUCCUCGAUAUGGGUGGCGGUUAUGUACAUUGGACGCAACCCUAUACUUGGAGCGAGCUGAAGCGCCAUGGGAUUCUCGUGAACCCUCCUAUGGAGGGAGGGCGGCAUUACUGGCUUGCCGACGGAGCUGUUCAUUCCGGCAGCGCCGAGGAGUUCUAUGGCAUUGUUUCUCCGCUCUUAGAACGAAUGUUUGCAGACAGCCGUCUUCGAUUCCCACUGCCGUUUGACCAUGCUGCAGUCGACAACGCGGAGAUUGAAAAUGAGACCAUCGAAGACCGCAUAAACUCGUUGAAUCUAUCCUCGUAUGAGCGGGAUGUGUUAGAAAGCGUUUUGUCUGGCCUGGUACAUUCGUACAAAGACCAUGGCAUUGCCCAGCUGCUCCAAUCUGCGGCUACAUACUUUGGAAAUUAUGGGUGCUUUUUCGAGACUGCUGGUAGCUGGGGCAUUCAGGGAGGCACUAAGAGCCUGAUCGACGCUAUUCUAGCCGAGACAACUGCCAGAAUCUUCCUCUCCACGCCAGUCAGCUCUAUCGUCGAUGAAGGCUCUAAGGUUACUAUCGAAACUCGAGAUGGACGACAAUUCUAUGCUCGUUCGACAAUCGUUGCAUUACCGCUAAACACUAUUAGCGACGUUCAUAUUUCGCCAGAUUUGCCAGCUAUGGCCCGAUCUAUGAUUGCAAAGAAGAAUCCGACGAUGGCGGGCAAACUCUGGAUCCGCAUUCGGGGCGAGGUCGAACCCUUUUCCAUCGCUACCCCGGCUGGCAAAUAUCCUCUGAAUGCUAUAAGGACAGAAAAAUACUUGAACGGAGACACCCUUGCUCUUUGUAUGUGCUCCGAUGACGCUGCAAUCCGCGCCGAAAAUGCCCAGGGGGUGCAAACUGCCCUUGAAAAAUUUAUCCCCGGAAUUGAGGUAGUUGAUAUUGCGUACCAUAGUUGGGUGGCGGAUGAAUUUGCCAAAGGAGGCUGGAUGAUGAAUCGACCUGGAUUCUUUACGACUGGAGCAGUGGAACUCAGAAAGCCACAUGGCAAUAUUCAAUUCGCAGGAGGUGAUAUUUCCGAGAGUGAAGCAGGCUCUAUCGAGGGUGCUCUGUCAAGCGGUGCCCAUGCUGCUCGUACUGUGUCUAUCAAGCUAGCCAAAAGGGAAACCGCACAGCUCUGA